UCUUUUUCCUCAUCCGAAAAUCUCAAAAAGCUUUGCAAAGUUUUCGUGUCGAAUUAGCACUCGCUUCCCUCGUUCUCCCCCUCGUUUCACCCCUCCCCUGUAUCGCAAAGCAGUUCAUUUCUCUCUCAUUUUCUCGCCUUCAAUUUGAGUAUGGAUGAUGAGAAGAAGAAGAAGAGAAACAAGAAGAAGAAGAACAAGCAGCAGAAACGUGCAGACGGUGACUCUAUACCUACCACCGGUGUAGCCACCUCCGACGAUGGGAAUCAUAACGGAGACGCUGACAUUGAUCAAUCUAACCAAGUCCCUGAUUCCAUUGAGUUGCAACCAUCUUCUCAACAUAUCAUCAAUCAGGCAGAUGAUUCUAUUUCUGUUGCUGUUGUUGAUGAUGAGAACACGUCUCCGACCAGUGAGGGGUUGAUGGAAGAAACAAUCAAACAGUUACGUGAUGAAAUUUUAUCCCACCUUCAGAAAGAGGCUGGUUUUGAAGAAACUGUUGGACGCUUGGAAACUGAGAAUGAAGCUCACAUACAGAAAGAGGCAGUGUUAGAAGAGAGGCUUGAGCAUUUAAGAACAGAAAAUGAAGCUCACAUACAGAAAGGGGUACUGUUAGAAGAAAGGCUUGAACAUUUGAGAGCAGAAUGUGAAGCACACAUACAGAAAGAGGCACUGUUAGAAGAAAGGCUUGAGCAUCUGAGAGCAGCAAAUGAAGCUCACGUACAAAGUCAGGCACUAUUAGAAGAAAGGCUACUGCAUUUGAGUACAGAGAAUGAAGCUUACAUACAAAAAGAGGCACUGCUUGAAGAAAGGCUCUUGCAUCUGAGAACAGAGAAUGAAGCUUGCAUACAAAAAGAGGCACUGUUAGAGGAAAGGCUCUUGCAUUUGGGAACUGAGAAUGAAGCUCUCAAACAGAACGAGGAAAAGUUGGAGGAAAGACUUGUUCAGUAUAAAACAAAGAACGACGUGCUCGUUCAUGAAAUGUCUAGUACAGAAGUCAAAAUGAGAGAGUUGCUUGACGAAAGAUCAACCUUCGCUCAGAAAGAGACAAGUCUAGAAGAGAAACUUCAACAACUUCAACAUGAUGAAGAAUCUUCGGUUGCAGCUGCUGAGAAGUCAUCCAGAGAAAUGAUUUCAAGCCUGAACAGUGAAAUUGGAACACUGCGAGCACAGGUAAUGAAAUUGGAAGAAUCUAGGAGUAGUCUUCAAGAGCAGAACAAUAGUCUUGUGGGAACCGUAUCUAAUCUUCAAGUCCAGCGUGAAAACCAUGACAAUAACGUGAAGGGUGCUUCCGAGGAAGAACUAAACUCACAGAUUGAAGCAGCUUGUACUCUAGUUGAAAAACUUAUCACUGAAAAUGCUGAACUUGUUGAGAAGGUGAACGAGUUGUGCAUUCAGCUAAACCAAUCGCAGCAUGCUUUUGCUUCACCACCUGAGAGCCUAGCAAUUGAAGUACAGAAGUCUGAUACCUUAGAAGAAAUACCCAUUCACGACGAGUUGAUUAGAAUUGAUGACGAUGGAGACAUGGAAACUGCACUGUUAGAGAGAAACUUACCAGAGGAAAGAGUGCCGGUUUCUGUGAACCCUAAUGGGGAAAUAGAUGUGGAGUCACAGGUUGUAGUAGCUGGAGAAGAAGAAGAAGCGAGUGGUGGUGUGCCUCUUGUGGACGCUCCACUGAUCGGUGCACCGUUCAGGCUUGUCUCGUUUGUAGCAAGAUACGUGAGUGGUGCAGAUUUGGCUGAAAAGAAACAGUUUUUGUAAAACCAAAACAACACAUUUGGAGGGGGAGAAGAUUGCAACAGGUUCUGUAUCUCUCUUCUCUCUUUCUCUUACUACACAAAUACACUCAGUGAGGAUCGUUGAUUAGCUUUUUUUUUUUUGCACAACACUUAACAGGACACAAAUGUUUAUUGUAAUUUUUUUGGUAGGAUAAUGAUGGUGAUACUGAUGAUGAACUGAGUACAUCAUGUUGCCCGUUGUUGUUUUGUUUUCCUUUCUCGGCAUUCAAAAGAAACCAUGAGAGUUUCAAACAUCA